UUAGAAUGGCAUUCUGUUUGAAAUUAUUUGUAGGCAUUUUAGGUCUAGUAGCUUGUACUAGUGCAUUGCCAAGCGGUCGCGUUGUAGGCGGCUCAGAUGCUGAGAUUGGGCAGUUUCCUCAUCAAGUUUCUUUACAACGUUCAGAUGGAUCCCACACAUGUGGUGGAUCUAUUAUUAAUGAACGUUAUAUAUUAACUGCUGCGCACUGUGUGGUAGUGGGAAAUGGAGUCGAACCUUAUCCGCCUCAAUAUUUCCAAGUUCGUGUCGGAAGUGUCCAACGCACCAUAGGUGGAAAGUUGGUCCAACUUAAACGUAUUAUUGUUAAUAAGUCGUAUGGUAACUUUUUGAAUGAUGUUGCUUUAUUGGAGUUGGAGGAACCCUUAGUUUGGACCGAAAAUAUUAAACCAAUUGAAAUGGCUAGCGCGGAAGUACCAUCUGGUGAAGAUGUGAUUGUGUCUGGUUGGGGUCGUCUGUAUACCGGCGGUCCAAUUCCUCAUCGCAUGCAAUGGAAUGUUUUGAAGUCUUUAACAACCGAUGAAUGUCAGAACGCUAUAAAAUGGGGAUACGACAGUUUAAUAUGUUUGGCACAUGAAGUAAACAAUGGAGUAUGCAAUGGUGACUCCGGUGGUCCAGCUACAUAUCAGGGUAAAUUAGUUGGUGUCGCUGGCUUUGUUGUGGGUGGUUGUGGUUCCAAAAAUCCAGAUGGUUACGCAAAGGUCUUCUACCAUCGUCAAUGGAUCGAGGAAAACAUGACUCCAUAAUUUGUAUAAACAUAUAUUCUUUAUGUAGCCUAUACAGGUAUUAAAGCAGUGAUGUUCAUCCCAUACAACAAUUGUUUAAAAAAUUUAAACACAUUUGUUACGCUCUUUUAAAGAGCGUAAUAAAUGUCUCAUUUUUUCAGAAAUUCAAUAAGCAUUGUUGUUGGUUGGUUUUUGGAUGAAGCAUAGCAAACACACGCGUUUCAAUUACAAUUGAACACAAAAAAACAAAGUUAAAAAUAAAAAUAAAUAAAAAAUUGGAGAGUAUUUCGGCCGUAUAAUGUAUAUUCUUUCAUUUCCUUAAAAUUUAAAUUAUAUUCAUUUAAUAAAUUGGUUUUAUUUGACAAAAAUUCUAAAUUUAAACUUUCUUCAUUUUGUUAUUAUUUUAAGUGUUUGACAUUAUGUUUGCUGGGUAACUCUCUCACCAAAUAUCUUCAUUUUUAUUUUUGAACAUCACUGUAUUAAAGCGAAUAAACAAGGUGAGUGCGUCGCAGCGCACAGUGUUGCUAAAAGUCUUUUUUUUUGCCGCCAAUUUUUAAUUUUAAAUACUCAUAUUAAAGUUAACACCUGUGAACCUCAGAUGCCAAAAAUUCAAAUAUAACGCUUUCCCUAUAAACAGGUUGAUUCAAUAUGCACCUUUUUAUUAUUUGACUGAAAAGUAGGAUUUUGUAAUAAAUUUUGAAAAUUCA